AUGGCUGGCAGAGUAACAUUCAUUGCGACGCUGGUCGUCGUGUUCGUUUUUAGCUGUCAUGCAAAGCCUGACCCACACGCCAAACCAAAUCAUAACCCCAUCCAAACUGGUCCACCAGUGUUUGUGAAGCAGAUAAAAAAUGCAAAGCUGUAUACCGCUGGCAAAGGAGAUGACGUCAUAAAAGUGUUGCAUCUAUGGGGCACUCCAUAUGAGAUGGGAUACGCCCAUGGGACCAUUUUAAAAGACGAAGCCACAGACUUAUUGAAUGAAGUGUGGGGUUAUUUAGAAAAACAGGUGACAGACGCCAUUAAUGGUACUCUUCCUGGAUUCUUCCAGGAGUGGUUUCUGAAGGAUGUCGCUGAUUUGGGGCUAGACAUUGCGCUUGAUUUGGAGAGAGCGGCCACCAAACCAUUUACACCUGAUUACUUUGACGAGGAGAUGAAAGGUAUAUCUGAUGCAUCUGGGGUCGAUGUGAAGAAAAUAGAGAGGAUUCAUAUGUUGGGAGAAUUGACAAAAGGCAGUUGUUCAAUGUAUGGUGCUUGGGGUAAAGCUGUUCCAAUGCCAGGUUCAGUCAUGCAGUUACGUGCUCUGGAUUGGGCUUCAGACGGCCCAUUUCAAAACCAUCCGCAAAUUACAGUUUAUCAUAUCGACGAAACCAAUAGUAAUAACGGUCACACAUUUGCCAAUGUGGGGUGGACGGGAUGGAUUGGUUCCAUACAAGGAAUGUCAUCCAAGCAAAUGGCAAUCAGUGAAAUUGGUGUCUCCUAUCCAGAUGAUACAUUUGUGAAAGAAUCCAGAUUUGGUUACCCAUUUACGUAUAUACUUCGAGAUAUUCUGCAAUUUGACAAUACCUUGGACGAUUCUAUAAACCGCAUUGCCAAUGCACGUAGAACAUGUAAUCUGAUUCUUGGAGUAGGUGAUGCCAAGGAAUGGAUUGGUUAG